AUGACCGACGCCGCGGCCGAUAACCAGCUGACAACUACCGACUUUGUCGUUGAUAAGCAGCAAAGCAACUGCUUGAAGCUCACGAUGAGUCGUCAGGUCAAGGACAAGACGAUUGCAGAGUCCAAGCUCGUGCCGUUUUUGCUCCAGCUGCUGCAAUCCACCGAGGCCCCAACCUCUGACUCAACAAUCCAAUCAUUAGAUGCACGUUCAAUCGUAAAAAGAGCUUUGUAUGGCAGUGGCUCGCGUCGCAUUGUACUACUGGAGCUAAAAGACGUCGAAGUCGCGAUAAAGUUACGUCUUCUGCUCCAUGAAAAGCCUUGUGAGCUGCUGGGACAACGCCCGAUCUAUGCUGAGUUUGCUAUGCUCAGGAAGGAGCAGGAAGCUCGUGAUCGACUCGAGCGAGUGCAGAACGUGCACCGCAAUGAUGAUCAUCCUGGUCUACGGGUUCCAGGACUGCGGCUUGAGGUCGAGUUUCUCACAAAAUUGGAGGAAGCUGCCUGCAUAAAUUAUUUCGAUCGAGAUGGCGGCGUGCACUGGGCGAAGACCAUUCGAUCAAGACAGGUGCAGCAUUUUGGUUACGAGUUCAAUUAUGAUACGAGGAGAUGUGAUCCAGACAAGCCCAUAACAGAACCGAUACCGGAAGUGCUGCAGUCAAUCGUGGAGAAAAUAGCCACGUGCGGUAUCAUGGACGGUGAUACGCCCGACCAAAUCACGGUAAACGAGUAUUUACCGGGACAAGGAAUUGCUUUUCAUACGGACACCCACUCAGCAUUUACGACAACUAUUGCAACGCUGAGUAUCUCGAGUCAAGUAGUUAUGGAUUUUCGGUACCCUGAUAGCCAUCAGAAUGAAGGUGUGCUCUUGCCGGCACGGUCGAUUGCCGUUAUGAGUGAAUCCAGUCGUUACGAAUGGGAACAUGCCAUUGUGCCACGACUGUUUGAUGUGAUUGAUGACAAGCAGGUGGCCCGUCAGCGGAGACUGAGCAUCACGUUUCGUAAGAUUCGAUCAGGACCCUGUGAAUGUCCGUUCCCAAAGUAUUGUGAUACUUCGAGAAAUGAACUGCAGGGCCAAGAGGAGCAAAAGACUGUAAUAAGGAGUACUGCUAGCUUGGCACCUACCGCGCUGGAGCAGCAGUACGUUCAUGAUUUUUAUGAGACAGUAGCAGCACACUUCAGCAGUACCCGACACAGUCCGUGGCCGAAAGUUGGUCAGUUCGUGGCAUCGCUGCCAAGUGGGUCCAUCAUUGCUGAUGUUGGUUGUGGAAACGGGAAGUACAUGAAGUGCGUCGAUUCAUCGCAGAGUUUUGUUGUAGGUGGCGAUCGCAGUUCGCGUCUCGUGGAUAUUUGUCGCGGACGAGGUCUUGACACGAUGGUAUGUGACGCACUAGCUGUUCCGCUGCGCUCCAACUCGUGCGAUGCUGCGCUGUCAAUUGCGGUACUCCACCACCUUAGCACGCUUGACCAUCGACUAGCGGCGGUGAAAGAGCUGCUCCGUAUCAUCCGGGUAGGUGGACAGGUAAUUGUGUACGCAUGGGCACAUGAGCAGAUGAAGGGUUCUCGUCGCCGUUUUGAGGAAGGUCGGCAAGAUUUUAUGGUGCCUUGGAAUCUUGACAAGCGUUUUGUAGAUGUUCCUCGAGAAGAUCCUGAUGCCGCAAACACUGCUGAAGCAAUCGAGCCAAGUGAGAAAGCAAAUGAUAUCCAGACACAUCGGAGCAAGGGUGGAGGAGUGAUCAAUGGCAGGGACGCUGAGGAAAACGUCGUUGCCAAAUCAGAAGACUGCGUGGUUCAGCGUUAUUGUCACAUGUUCAAGCAAGGUGAAUUAGAAAGCCUAGUAGAACUUGCGGGCAACGCAAAAGUGGAGUCGAGCUACUACGACGAGUCGAACUGGGCUGUCGUUUUCCGACGUGUCAGCUAG